AGUCGGUGGAGAGGAAUUAAUAACACCUCACGUCGUCUCUCUCUCUCUCUCUCUCUCUCUCUCUCUCUCUAUCGAGUUUCUAUUAAACCUCAGUCGAUAAGCAGUGUGAGUGGGUGUCAGUCUCUCGCUAUUCUCUUACCAUCGAGGGGGUGUUCUGAGAUCACAUUGAACAAUGGUGAAGGCUGUUGUUGUUCUUAACAGCAGUGCAGGUGUCAGUGGCACCCUUUACUUUACCCAAGAAGGAGAUGGUCCAACUGCGGUAACUGGAAGUGUCUCUGGUCUUAAACCUGGGCUUCAUGGCUUCCAUGUCCAUGCGCUCGGUGACACAACAAAUGGUUGCAUGUCAACUGGACCACAUUUUAAUCCUGCUAACAAGGAGCACGGUGCUCCCACGGACGAGAACCGUCAUGCUGGUGAUCUAGGGAAUAUUGUUGUUGGUGAAGAAGGUACUGUUAGCGUCAACAUUUCUGACGUUCAGAUUCCUCUCAGUGGACCAAACUCGAUCAUUGGAAGGGCAGUUGUAGUCCAUGCUGAUCCUGAUGACCUUGGAAAGGGUGGACAUGAGCUUAGCAAGUCCACUGGAAAUGCUGGCGGCAGAAUCGCCUGUGGAAUUAUUGGUCUCCAGGGUUGAUUAGCGGAUUGUUACGUUGUCUCGGAUUAAAUGCUCAGUACCAUGAAAGUCUCCAUUUUGACUUUUGGGAUUAGCUAGAUGAUAGUGAAGAAAGAUCACUAGAAUAAAGUAGGGCACCAUUUUUUAAUCAGUGGUUGUUUGGUGUGUGCUCAAAUUUGUAUUUGCGUGUUUCAUCACUGUUGUUUUAGAGUUCCCUUUCUUUAAUAGCAACGCUAUGUUAUGUGUGUUGCCAUUCCUUCA